AGUUUUACCGGUCAACCAAACUCCUUACUAUCAUUGCGUUUUCAUUGCGUAACAAUUUACAUUGGGUUUUGGCCCAUGGCUGUCAAAGACCAUCAACAUUCACUCAAAGAUUGGCGAAGGCAAAUGCAUCUCAAAAGUGGUCAUUAGCUUUUCUUGUUGUGAUCAUUGGACUGGUUUUAAUAUCAUCAUUAGUACAUCAUUUUGGGUUGUAUUUCACAUUCAAUUGCUUCUGGUUGAAGUAUUUCGCUAUUCAAGAAACUCAUACAAAUCUGAUCAAUGGCCAUAAAAAAGCACGAAUCUUCAUACUCGAUCAAAUGCGUAUUUUGAUUUCUUUCAUAUUCUUGCUUAUUCAUUACUUUGGUUUGAUUCCCAUGUCAAAGUUAAUCUACAUGGCAGAAAGUUUGGAUACAAUAACUUACUAUGCAAGUGGAUGGGGCUUCCAACCAGUUAAUAGUGAUUGGAUUUACAGUGGCAUGAUUUAUGUCGGAGGAUCAGCCAUUGGGUUACAGCUAUGGGCAACAAUAAAACCCGAAACAUCAUUUUCAACUUACGUUAAAUUGUUAAUCAAACGAUUAGUUUUGUAUUGGCCAGUUUUGAUGGUUACAGUGGCAAUGAAAAUUGUGCUACCAUUAUUUGUUUUUGGUUUAUUCACUGCACACUGAAUCGUGAUCAAAUGUUUGUAGUAAUAACUUUUGGACUCUAUUGCUGCAUAUUAACAAUUACCAGAACGUUUAUGGAUUUUUCACUCAAAUAACAUUGUUAACAGAUUAGCCGGUUACUCUAAAGAACAUUUAUCGCAAGCAUAACACAAUAUUUCGGUUCUAAACUAAUUUUUGUUUGGAGACAUAACAUAUGCUUUAACCCGUAAAAUAAUAUGCACACUUGGAUUGCCUUUUCUGUUCGUACCGCUUACCAAGGGUAAAUACGACGAUAAAAAGCUUGAUGCUAAUGAUAAUAGCAUCGAUGGACCAAAGGAAAAUAACCAAAUAACUCAUUGUAUUUCAAGAAGAAACAAUCACCCCUCAAGUAUCAAACUUUUAUCACACCGGAGUUCAGUUUAUCAAAUACAUCCACAUUUGUCACGCCAUUCCCAUUGUGAUACAUUAUAUUUUUACGCAGGAAUGU